AUGGUGCUCGAUUACAGUAAAUGGGACGCUAUCGAGCUGUCCGACGACUCGGACGUCGAAGUCCAUCCCAAUGUCGACAAGCGGUCCUUCAUCCGGGCAAAGCAGAACCAGAUCCACCAACAGCGAGAACAGCGUCGCCACGAAAUCGAGACGCUGAAAUACGAGCGCAUAAUUAACGAUGGCCUCUUGGAACGAAUCGAUAAGCUGCUCGGCGCCUUGCAAAGACACGAAGACUCGAACCGUGAUCCAGAGCAGCUGGUUUUCCAGUCUCUGAUCGAGUCGGCGGGGGACCCUGCUGCUGACCAGCCUCCAGCUCCGCCGGCUGGAGUGCAUGCGAAUGUCAAGGAGCAACCCAAGUAUUCUCAGAUGAUGGGCUCGCUGGUAGACCAGGUCAAGAAAGAGGUCGACGAGUCGAAAUCAGAUGAGCCGAUACAGGCGUACAUUACAGGAGUCCAGGGCCACAAGACAAAAGUGUUGGACCUUCAGCAAGAAUUGCUGCAGAAAUUGGCCGAGUUGGAAAAGGAGGAGUCGAGCAAGAUCACCAGCAGUGAUAUACACACUGGCUUUGACAGCUCGCAUGUUGCAAAGUCGAGCCCUGCGGACAAAGCUAGCAGCAAAGGCACGGUUGAACUUCUGAAUCCGUCAUCAUCCACCAAACAGGACACUGUGGGUGCGCAGUCUUCUGGAGCAGAUGCCGACCUCGAAGACGAAGACGAAGAGGCUGACAUCAAGGUCAGCGAUCUUGCCAAACAAUUUGCCAAGAUCCCAAUGGGAGACUACAAAUCAAGCCUUCGGUUUAUCUCCGAGAACCCUCAAGUGACAGCAGAGAGCGAGACAGACGGUCUUUUGGUGGAAGCUUUCAACAGCCAGAUGGAUGGCAAGGCAGAGUAUGCUCGUCAAUGUGUGCACCACGGCCUGUUACUUCAGUACUGCCGCUCUCUAGGCCGAGACGGAGUGUCCCUCUUCUUCAAACGGAUCACGACCAAGGACCACCAAGCUGCCACCCUAUUCAGAAAUGAUGUGAAUGAAACAUACAACAAGAUCAAGACCCGCGCCGCCGAACUUGCCAAGGACAGAAGCCCCGAAAACGACCCCGCUGGCGUUGAGCAAAUCCAACUACACGCUGUCGACCCAAACACCCAAAUCAACAUAUCAAUACCCGCCCCAGAUAGCACAGUUCCAGAAGAAAUUGAAGCCCGCAAGAUAUUCGACUCAUUCCCUCCAGGUCUGCAGCGAGCAUUGCAAUCUGAAUCACUGGACGAAGUGAACAAAGUCUUGGGCAAGAUGAGUGUCGAGGAAGCGGAAAUCAUUGUGGACAAACUAGGCCAGGGGAGUAUGCUCAGUCUGGAGGAAGGUAUAGUCGAUGCCACCACGGAGGAGGGCAGAAAGAAACUCGAGGAGAUUGAACUUGAGGGGAAACACGGGGCCGUCGAAGAGGAGAUUGGUGAGCCCACGGAGGAUCAACUAGACUGA